AUGAGAUUUGUUGAGAACUAUAAUUCGAUUCCGAUCCCAAAGAUCUACUGCGCCUUUAUACAUCGAGGACGAUCGUAUAUUGUCAUGGAGAGAAUUGCAGGAGAAGCCGCCGGGCGAGCAUGGAAUCAGCGGCUGAUGGAGGCCAGAGGAAAGAUUGUUGAUAACAUCGAUGUUGCAAACGUUUUCCGGGGGGCUAUUUAUGACGCCCGCUUGCCAGGGGAACCGUUCUGGGGUCCAUACAACAAGGUGCAUGACUUUUACAAGGCGCUACGGAAUGGUAUUAAAUUUGAUGGCCACGCCGGCCGCUCUGGUUCUAGAUCCGUGCUAACAUACGGCGAUCUGAGUAGCUUGAAUAUCUUGGUGCGAGGUGAUAAGGUGGUCGGAAUAAUUGACUGGAAGACGGCGGGAUGGUUUCCUUAUUACUGGGAAUAUGCGCGCGCCUGGAACUUUCUGACUCCGAUGCCAUACGAUUAUAAUCAUAGCCUCAUUUUCCACUUAACUAAACAAAUAUGCCUGCCUUGA